AUGAACACGUCUGUGGUGAACGACUCCUCUCCCUCCUCUACCCUGGACAACCUAAACCACUACAUGGCCCAGACCAAAUAUCUCUUCACCAUCGCCUACCUACUCAACCUCAUCAUGGGUCUCCCCACCAAUGUCUACGUCCUGUGGCUGAUAGUGACCGGAGCUGUAGGGACGAUGGCUUCAGAGUUCUUCUCUCUCAAUCUGACCGUGUCUGAGAUCAUCUACUGUCUAUUCAAUGUCUUGACUUUGCUGGACUACUAUCUGUUGAAUGGCUUGUUCCUGCCUGCCAGGGCUUUCUCUAUGGGUUUACUUACUGUCAGUCGUCCUCUGUUCCAGUGCUGUAUCUGUGUGGAGCGCUACCUGGCGGUGGUCCACCCUGUAACCUUCCUGAAGUACAAACCCCUGAGAUACAGGGUGGGGUUUUGUGGUGUUGUCUGGCUGGUGGUUCUUGGGUUCUGUGUUGUUGCGUUGUUCAUGUCUUUCUCAACCACCUUCUAUUACUUUUACAUGGCUCAGUAUCUGGUUGUGUUUUCCAUUGAGUUGUUCUGCUGCCUGGCUGUUCUCAGAGCUCUGAGACGUCCCGGGCCGGGGGAAGGAGAGAGAGAGGGGGAAGGGAUGAGCAACAUGAAGAGAAAGGCUUUCUGGAUCAUUCUGGUAAUUCUGGUGUCUGUGGUCGUGAGUGUUCUUCCUGUCAUGGUCACUGUGUCUUUCCAAGGGUACCUGAACUUCAACGACUUCUACUUUGCUCUCUCCAUCUCUUUCUCCCUCAUAAUCAUAUCUGGGUUUGUUCAGCCCCUCCUCUACCUCCACAGAGCUGGGAAACUGGCCUGUAUCAGGGGACCUGAGAAUAGCUCCCCUUAA